AUGGCAUAUGAACCAUUUAGGACAGAGUUUCAUGAAUUGCUUCAUUCAUCUACAAGACUUGAUAGUUUUGCUGGAUUUUGGAAGGAACAUUGGUAUCCCAUCAACAGCGAAACAGACAAUGACGAAACUAUUUCAUUUAUCUCAAAAUCCAAAUUUUUCAUGUUUACAUUUCUAGAAGAAAACAAACCAGAAGAGGAUUCAUCUUCUGGACCUCAAGACUUUCUCAAGGUAGUAGCACAAAUGAGACUCAUACUUUCCCAACUAACAAGGGCUAGUAUGGUAAAGGACAUUUACAAUUUUCACAACUCGAUUUGUUGCCAUGCAAUUCUCACCAGCAAGGAGAGAGUUAUUGCGCUAACUAUGAAACCAAAUUUAUAUCGAAUGACUGUCAAAGAUAAUGAUGUGAUAUAUUCAGAUUAUAAUUUGUAUCUUUCAGGUGUUUACAAUCUAAACUCAACCAAGCAUAGAAUUGAGCUUUGUAAUUUUCUAAUGACUAGCGCCUAUAUGGCUUUGCAAAUCACAAAACGUGUAUAUUUCUAUCUAAUGGAGCAAAAAAGCAAGAAAUCUGAGAAUUCCACUAUCCUUAGCCCUAAAAAAGGACAAAUUACAAAGAGCCUCAGUGUUGGAGAUAUAAUCUAUUGUAAAAAUGAUAUAUUUAAUGACGAUACUACAGAUAAAGGUUUUGCAGUAAUCAUUGAAAAACAGAUAGAUAACACUAGAGACAAACCAAUGUAUGAGGGUACACUUGCUGAUACCAAUCAUAAGUGUAUUGUUAAAAUUUACAACAACAUUGCUUGUAACAACUGCCGUACUCCAUUAACAUUGAAUAGCCAAGGAUUUUAUGUAAAUGGAUCACUCACACCAUUUACACAAUCAGAUGUUACAUUGAAAGGUAUUCCAUUACCUGAAUACAUUCUAAAUCAUGCACAUGAUAAGAAACUCCUAAUGGCCCAAUUACUUGUUCAACUUUACAAACUUCACAAGCAUUCAGCAGUUCGUCUUGGUCGCAUCCAUAAUGAUAUCAAACCAGACAAUAUAGUUGUAUAUGAUAAUUAUCCAUACUUUAUUGAUUUUGAAGCCUCCAAAACAUUUGACAAAUAUGACACUGCAAAUGAGCAAUGCUUUGAUGAUGGAAGAGUCUUAACAUCUUCUUCAGGAACCAGCAGCUUCAAUCCACCUGAAAAAGGAAGUGCACUCAGAGGAAUAACACCAAAGUCAGACGUUUACUCAUUGGGCCUUGUUUUUAUUCAGAUUUUGAGCACACAUAAUUCUACUGUUAGUUCUUUACAAUCCUUGACAAACUAUCCAAUUAUCAUAGAUCUCAUUACAAAAAUGACUCAAAAAGACAUUAAGGAUAGACCACUAGCAGAAGAUUGCUUGAAAAUAUUGGAAAUAUCAGAAAAUGAAUAUGUACAAUAUGGUCCGAAACCAAUCUCCAAAUAUUAUUAUACAACUUCCGAAUCUUACGAAAAAAUGCUCAAGAAAAGAAGUUGUUCCCAAACAGAAUCACAAAGUAUGGAAAAUUCCUUCAAAAAAUUAAAGAAGUGA